AUGCCUUACAAUGGUAAAUCAAAAGCUAUGUCACGUUCUCGAACUACAAAACGACAAUAUGAAAAUGAUGAUAUAAUCGAUGAUAAUAAUAAGGAAAAUAAUGAUGAAAAGAUGACAUCUACCACGAAAAAAACUCAAGAACAACAAAUUGUGUCAAAUAAGAAACGAACAAAACAACAAUCACCAGCACCAGCUUCAGUUAAACCAAAAGAAAAUACAUCUAAAAAUAAUCUUAAAUCAUCUCGGUCUCGUUCAGUUGCAGAAUCAUUACCAAUUAAUUCAUUAAAAAAUUCUAAUACAACAAUAAUAAAUAAAAAGAAGAAAACUACGAAUACAUCAUCAAUUGAUAGUAAAUCAAAAAGACAACAAUCUCCAUCACCAUCAAUCGAAUCAACAAAUAAAGUUAAAAAUCGAGCAACAAAAGAUGUACUUCGUAUAACUACGACACCAAUAACAGCUAAAAAUAUUCGUCAUCGAUCAAUUUCAUCAUCUAGUUUAACGACAGAUAAAAAUAAAAAAAGUAUUUUAUCAACAAAAGUAAACACAUCUAAAUCUAGAACAAUUAAACCGACUGAUGUUCAACAAUCACGUUCAAAAUCUUCAAUGGCUCGUUCAACACGUCUUAUGAAUACUACACGUCGAACUAUUCGUCGACAGACCACAUAUUUAUCAGUACCAUCUAUUAUAAAUGGUAAUAUCAAAGGUGGUCAAGUAUUAGCUGUUGGUGAAAAUGGUAUGACACAAUUAGGUCUUAAAAGUUCUAUUGAUCAACGAAAAAAUCCUCAACCUGUACUUAUUCCUGAAUCAAUUGUACAAAUUGCUGCUGGUCCUUUACAUUCAGUUUGUUUAACAGAUCAAAAUAAUAUUUAUACAUUUGGAUGUAAUGAUGAAUAUGCAUUGGGUCGUCCAGAUAAUAAUAAUAAUGAUGAUGAUGAUGAUGAUCAUAAUGAUACUGAUCCAUUUGGAGAAGUUGAUUUAAGUCAAGUAAUGAAUAUAGAUGAAGAAAAUAUUGUACAAAUUGUUGCUGGUGAUAGUCAUACAUUAGUUUUAUCAAAUAUGGGUAAGGGUAAAAUGGCAAAACGUCCAAUUGAAAUUCUUUUACCAGAAAAAAUUGUUAAAUUAGCAAGUGGAUAUGAUUUUAUAUUGUUUCUUAGUGAAACUGGACAAAUUUAUUCAUGUGGUAAUGGAGAAACAGGUCAAUUAGGUCGACUUAGUCGAUAUGCAUCUGAAGAUGGUCGACGUGGAGGAAUUGAACGAUUAAUCACACCUACGCCUAUUCUUUAUAAUCGAUCAUCAAUUAAAGAAAAAAAUUUAUUAUUUGAAGAUAUUUUUACAGGUGCUCAUCAUUAUUUUUUAAAAGUACAGGGUCACCCUUAUAUAUUUGCCGGUGGAUUAAAUAAUUUUCAUCAAAUUGGUUUAUCAUCAACAGAACCUGUCUUUUUUCCAGCACAUAUUCCAUCGUUAGACGGCUACCAAUGGAAAAAAUUUGCCGGUGGUCUACAUCAUACACUUGGUCUUACUGUCAAUGGUGAAGUUUAUGCAAUGGGACGUUGUCAUGAAGGCCAAUUGGGUAUUGAUGGUCUAACUACUCAUAUUGAUAGACCAAUACUUAUUCCAAAUAUUCCAAAAGCUGUUGAUAUAGCUUGUGGAAAUCAUGUUUCAUUUAUAAUUGAUGAAACAGGCAAAGUCUAUUCAUUUGGUGCUGGUACAUCUCUUCAACAUGGACAUGGAGAAAGUGAUAUUAAAAUUCCACGUAUUAUAUCAUCGAAAUUCAUGGAUAUUAAAAAAAUAGCGAAUAUUGCUGUUGGUGCUCAACAUACAAUUUUUCUCACGAAAGAAUAA